AUGUUACUCGUGCUGUUCAUAGUCUCUAUGACCUCCUGCGGAAUCUGGCUAUGGAGGCAAACCAGGCGCUGGAAAAGACAGGCUUCAUUGCACAAUAUUCCUGGUCCCCCUAGUAGAUCCUUUCUGACAGGACAUAUCAGACAAGUUCACGCCCCGCAAAGCUGGCAAUUCCAUGCCGAUAUCAUAGCCGAAUAUGGCAAGGUGGUGAAGCUGAACGGUUUCUUAGGCGAUGCGGUGCUCUAUAUCAGCGAUACACGAGCACUUCAAAGCAUCUUGGUUAGAGACCAGCAUGCGUUCAGUCCACUACCGGUAUCCGUUGAGGGGAAUAAACUCAUAUUUGGACCAGGCUUAGUCUCCACUCUCGGUGAUCAUCAUAAGCGACAACGAAAGUUGCUGAACCCUUUUUUCUCCGUCAAUCAAAUGCGGUAUAUGAUGCCGACUUUUGUACGGGUUGCUCAACAGCUCCGGGAAAUCCUCGUCGAGAAGGCCAAGGAGAACGGAGACGGUAUUGAAUUAGAUUUCUUAGAUUGGAUGUCGCGCGCAUCCCUCGAAACCAUUGGUCGAGCCGGGUUUGGAUAUUCGUUCGGCGACCUCAACAGCGAAGUCGAAAACGUGUAUGCGAAGGCUGUUAAACAUCUAGCGCCAACGCUCAGUUCCCCUCAAGUGAUGCUUGGGGCGCAGGCCUUCCCCUGGGCUCUCAAAGUCGGCACCCCAAAUUUCCGUGGGUUUGUGGCCAAGUAUCUUCCAUGGAAGAGCAUGCAGACGCUUGUCCAGAUCGCGGACGUUAUGAAUCGCACAGCGCAAAACGUUUUCGAGAGCAAGCGCUCGGCCUUGAAAAUGGGCGACGAGGCCGUCUUGGAGCAGGUUGGUGAUGGAAGGGACAUAUUGAGUGCUCUCUUGAUAGCAAACACAAAUGCAUCGGCGGACAACGGUCUCCCAGAUUCGGAAGUGGUAGCCCAUAUGAGUGUCAUGCUUUUCGGGGGCAUGGAGACGACAUCUUCUGCUCUCUCCCGAAUCCUCCAUCUGCUCUCCGGGCAUCAAGACAUCCAGAAGAAGCUCCGUGAUGAGCUAGCAAAGGCCAAUUCCGACGGCGAACUGGACUUCGACGCUCUAUAUGCUCUGCCUUAUCUCGAUGCCGUCAUCAAGGAAACCCUUAGAUUGUAUCCUCCGGCGCAAUUUGUUUGGCGGAUGACUUGCGAAGACUCUACAGUGCCGUUGGCGGCACCCAUCAUCGGGACUGACGGACAGUUAUUGUCCGACAUCUUCAUCCCCAAAGAUACAGGCAUCAUUCUUGGGUACAUGGGCGUCAAUCGAGACACGGACAUUUGGGGUCCCGAUGCAAUGGUGUGGAAACCGGAAAGAUGGCUUUCACCGUUGCCUUCAAGUGUGGCCGGUGCUGGUGUCCCAGGCGUCUACGCCAACAUAAUGACAUUUGGAGGGGGGACCCAUUCAUGCAUCGGGUUCAAGUUCUCCGAGCUUGAGAUGAAGAUCAUCCUGGCGAGCUUGCUCCCUUCCCUCCGGUUUUCUGCAUCCGAGAAGCGCAUUUCUUGGACUAUGGGUGGGAUUUCGGUACCUAAGGUGGAUGGCUCAUCACAACCGACUAUGCCACUUGUGCUGUCGUUGCUGAAAAGGGACGCCGCGUAA